AUUGACUGACGGAGCGAGCGGGACUCCAAAAAAGAGAGAGCCAGAAGCCCCCCUAGAAAGCCGCCUUCCUAGUUCUUCGCCUUUCCCCUUCCUUCCCUUUCCCCUCCUUCUCCUCCCUCCCCAGCUCCGUCCUCUCCUCCCCCGCCGCCUUGCUGCUCCUGCCGCCGUUGUAGUCGUCGCCCUGGGGCCGGGCGGGCGACCGGGAAACCGCGGCGCUUGGAUGCCUGGAGCCCGCGGCAGAGACCCAGCCCCGAGCCCGCCAUGGGCUGCUGCGGGAGCGCCGCCUCUCAGAGCUCCAAGCGGGAGUGGAAGCCUCUCGAGGAUCGCAGCUGCACCGAUAUCCCAUGGCUGCUGCUGUUCAUUGUGUUUUGCAUUGGAAUGGGUCUUAUUUGUGGCUUUUCAAUAGCUACUGGAGCAGCUGCAAGAUUGACUUCAGGAUAUGACAGUUACGGAAAUAUCUGUGGACACAAGAAUGUAAAAAUAGAGGGAAUAGACAACAGUGGUUUAGACCUCACAGAAAAGAAGUAUGUGUUCUUUUUGGAGCCAUGCAAUGUAGACCUGGUACGUCGAAAGAUCAAAUCUAUUGCUCUGUGUGUGUCAGCGUGUCCACAAAAUGAGUUGAAAACUCUGGCUGAUGUUCAGAAAUUUGCAGAGACUAAUGGUUCCACUCUUUGUAGCUAUGAACUAAAGCCAUCUGAAUACACUACAGACUCAAGGGCUGCUCAGCUUUGCCCCAAGCUCCCUGUUCCAGAGAGUGCACCUAUUCCAUUCUUCCAUCGCUGUGCUCCUGUGAACAUUUCCUGCUAUGCCAAGUUUGCAGAGGCCCUGAUCACCCUUGUCAGUGACAGUAGUGUCUUGCACAGGCUGAUUAGUGGAGUAAUGACCUGCAGAGAGAUUAUAUUGGGACUUUGCUUGUUAUCACUAGUGCUUUCCAUGAUCAUGAUGGUGAUAAUCAGAUACAUUUCAAGAGUAGUUGUUUGGAUCUUAACUAUUCUUGUUGUUCUGGGAUCACUUGGUGGCACAGGAGUACUGUGGUGGUUGUAUGCGAAACAGCGAAUGUCUCCCAGUGACACUCUUACUGUUGAUCAGCUUCAAAUAGCCAAAGACAAUAGUCAGGCCCUCCUGAUCUAUGCCAUUGCAGCUACAGUCUUCACAGUUAUUCUACUAUUGAUAAUGUUAGUUAUGCGCAAACGAGUAGCUCUCACCAUUGCCUUGUUCCAUGUGGCUGGCAAGGUCUUCAUUCACCUGCCACUUCUCAUCUUCCAGCCAUUUUGGACUUUCUUUGUCCUCAUACUCUUUUGGAUCUACUGGAUCAUGGUUUUGCUCUUCCUAGGUACCACUGGUAGCCCCAUAGGAAACGAACAAGGUUUUGUCGAGUAUCGGGUUGCAGGCCUCCAGAGAUACAUGUGGUGGUACCACAUUGUAGGGCUAGUUUGGAUCAGUGAAUUUAUUCUCGCCUGUCAGCAGAUGACUGUAGCAGGAGCUGUUGUGACAUAUUAUUUUACAAGAGAAAAAAGGAAUCUGCCAUUCACACCUAUUCUGGCAUCUGUCAAUCGCCUGAUUUGUUACCACCUGGGAACUGUGGCUAAAGGGUCUUUUAUUAUUACUUUGGUGAAGAUUCCAAGAAUGAUACUCAUGUAUAUUCAUACCCAAGUCAAAGGAAAAGAAAAUGCCUGUGCUCGAUGUAUUCUGAAAGCCUGCAUUUGCUACCUUUGGUGUCUAGAAAAGUGCCUGACUUACUUAAAUCAGAAUGCAUACACAGCCACAGCUAUCAACAGCACCAACUUCUGCACCUCAGCAAAGGAUGCCUUUGUGAUACUAGUGGAGAAUGCGUUGCGUGUGGCUUCCAUAAACACAGUGGGAGACUUCAUGCUAUUUCUAGGAAAGGUCCUAAUAGUAUGCAGCACAGGCCUGGCAGGGAUCAUGCUGCUGAACUACCAGCAGGACUACACCGUGUGGGUGCUGCCCCUCGUCAUCGUCUGCCUGUUUGCAUUCCUGGUUGCUCACUGCUUCCUGUCCAUUUACGAAAUGGUCGUGGACGUCCUCUUUUUAUGUUUUGCCAUUGACAUGAAAUAUAAUGAUGGCAGUCCUGGGAAGGAGUUCUACAUGGAUAAGGUGCUCAUGGAAUUUGUGGAGAACAGCAGAAGAGCAAUGAAAGAAGGCAGGGGAGGCGGGGCUGACGGCAGAGAGCUUAAACCAAUGGCCUCUGGAACAAGUUCAUCUUGAAGCUUGUCAGCCAUUAUGGAAACCAUUGACAUUCCAGAACAAUAUCUAUCUUAUCUUAACUAUCUAUAUAUAUCUAUAUAUAUAUAUAUAUAUUAUUUUAAAAGCAGCCAAAAUCAGAGAAAAGGAACAGGGAUUUAAUACUUUUUUAAUGAUUAUUUUUGUGAAACAUGUACUCUUUUCAUACGGGUGGCUUUUACAAGCAACUUUUAUCAUUGUUCCGUUUUAGAACUAACCAUUGUGGUUCGUGGCAAUGUUAUGAUUGUUAAUCCAAUUGAGGUUUCAUAAUUUGGAGAAGGAUUCCAUAAUAUUUAAAAAGAAUCAUGUAUGGAUGAAAUCUGAAAUGCAUAAAUGGGUCAAGUAUCUUCCCCUCACAGUUAUUUUUAAUGAGCAUAACUCUUUAAAACUUAAUGGAUAAUGACUGUUCUGGGAGGAAAAAUCCUUCAUAAUUUUUUUUAAAGAAGUGGAAUGAACAAUACGUUAAUCAUUUUGGAUUUUGCUGCCCCCCCCUUUUUUUUGGCUAUGGGACACUAAUAGAAUCCAUUAAGUUCUGUGUAUCCAUUUUUCCCUCAUCACAUUAGACAAUGUAUACCUAAUGCAUUUAAAAAAACACUAACCAACUCCUCAGGUAUUUAGAUAUUGAGCGAGCCCCCAAAUCUGUGAAGGAUGUGCUGUAGGCACAUGAGAGGAUGAGUUUUAUAUGCAAUUUUCUCCCUGAGUUACUUUCUUUGUCUCCUCAUGUUCAAUAUUGUCCAUUGCGCAUUGUUGUUCUUUUUGAACUACGCAAAUUCUUUGGGGCGGAGGAACAGCUGAAUAGCAGGCUUCUGAAGUUUAGCCUUAGAUAUAUUCCAUCACUGUUCAUCCAUGAUUACAUGGAAACAUGCUGGGUGGGAGUAGAGUGGGAAACUACAACUAUACAAAAAAAAAUUAAGUACUGUAAGUCAUUUGUGUUUUUAUUUACUGUUGGAACCAUUCCUUGGCUGUGUGUUCAUUCUGCAUUCAGUAAUAAGUGGAGUUCAAUGGAAAAGAGCAGGUAAACAUCUUUUGGAAAUGUCACUGCCUUAGCAUCUACAGUAGUUCUUCAGAGUGGCCUCUGUGCAUUCAUGCUCCAUCUGAACAUCCCAUGACUGUUUCAGAAGCUUCCAGAAAGCAAUAUUUGUGACCCUUCCUGCUUUCCGGCUGUUCAAGAAUUAAGCUGUAUUAAGAGAGGGUCACCAUACCAUCUUGUUAUUUUAAUAGCAUAUGAUACAAUGCAAGGGCAGAGCCCGAACAGAAUUCAAGACAUGCCAGAUUCCUAGAAAGGGAAACUGAGGUGCUUCUGUGACUUCCAUGGAAUGGAAUUAAAUUAUGUUGGGAUAGGUUAGUAGACAGCCCCAGGCAUGGUGCAUCAUAUACAGUUCUUAAAGUGAGCUAAAAUUAGCGUGUCAAUAGUUUAUUGUGCCUUUGGGUUUUUUUUCCUUCGUUAAACAUGUAAGGGACUAUGCUGUUACGGCUCUCAAUUUCUAGAGAUAUUAUUAUAACAGAAAUAAUUUUUCACAUAAACCUUUGUGUUCGAAUAUAACAUUUAAACCACAUUUGGUUGAUUUCCUUCCCCCAACCCAAUAUUUCAGUCCAACUUUUGAUUGCUAUUGGGACAUUAAAAAAUUUUAUUUAAAAAAUGUUUAUUAAAUACAAGUAAAAAAUACACUAGGUCAGACGAUGCUGCAUUAAGGGCCUUGGAAAUAUUGCCAACUCAGUUUUUUUCUGGAGAAUCCAGAUCACUGGUCAGGAAGAAGGCUGAGCUCAAACUGUUCCCUGACAUCUGGUUUUCUGUGUACAGGGACUUUUGUUUUUUUUUUUUAAUAUGUGAGGAGUAUUUGAUCAUGCAUUUUCCCACCUAGUCUCUAAAGUGGUACUACCCAGGAGCAAAUUUUAACUAUUGCAUUUGCUAUUCAUAUGGCUUAAGCCAUAGAGAGAUCAGAAUGGCAAAGGCCUGCUUUGGUAGACAUUGCUUUCCAGAAGUUUCUAGAUGUUUGACAGAGCAUAAUUGCCACUAAGGUGAUUGCUCAAAGGCCUCUUGUAGAACUUCAUUAUUACAUUACUGGUGAGUAAUUUUCCUUUAUCUAGCAACAAGGACUUGUCCAUAUUAUGUGUUAAAUUCCUUUCUCCAUUUUUGAAAUUUACUACAUGAUGAAUGCUAAUAUUCCCAUUGUUUGGCUUAUUGUAAUGGUAAAUGCUUCUAGUGUAAUUGCAGAGAAUAAUUUCAUGAUCUGUUUAUGCGAUAUAUUCCUUUUUGUUACAAUUUUUUUAAAGAAACUAUUUUUGUUAAUGUAAAGUUAAAUAUUUCAGAGCAGAGUUUUUAAACUUUAUUGCACUAAAUGCAAAUGUGGAGAGAGAGAAAGAAGUAAUGCCUCAGUGGUUGGAUCACUCCUUAAGAGAAUCUUUUUUGGGAAAAAAGAGCUGCUGUUCUAGAUAAGCUUAGCUAAAUGGUUGCAAAAAUGGGUGUCAAGAUGUGCAGUAGAGCCGAAUGGCCACCAGUUUGUUUUUUUUAAUGGCUGUUUUGAUUAUGUGCUUCCUUGGAAAGGAUCAGACCUUUAAAAUUGCUGCUGAAGGAAACCUAGCAUUCUGUAAUCAUUAAUUGGUGGUCUUUGCUGUGUAACUAAAUGCUUUGAGGUUCAUUUUUAUAAAUCAUCUGACAUCCUGAUAGUUUCAGACUACUUGCAAUAAAAUUCAGGACAAGUAAUACAAAAUAUGGAAGAAGAAUCCAUUAUCAGUUGCAGAAAACCAGUCAUGGAAGUACAUUUUAAGACUAGCAAACUAGAUUAGUCUGUGUUCCUGCUAACACUUGAACCACUACCCACUUCACUUAACCAAAACAAAUCGAUGCCAUGACAAUUCAUUGGGUCUGUUGAUGUGAAUCCCAGUUCGAGUGCAUGUGUGUUAGCAGGAACAAGGCAGAAUCUAGGCUUAAACUAGAGCACUGCUUUAAAGUCUCUUUUAAUGUAUAUAUUACAUGUUACUGUAAGAAUAUUUAGAAGGAGAAUUUAAGAGGAGCCUUAAUACGUGGGAAGAGGGAAAGUGCAGUGGCUCGGCUGCAGCACUGGGCUUUGGGUGCAGUUUGCUUAAAUCACUGCAAUUUGACAACAGCAAUGAAAUAAAGCCUGGCCUCGGCAGGUUGAAAAACCACAAACGCAGGAUCCAAAGUAAGGGAAAUGGCAGGUCACUGAAGUGGCUGCUCCACAGAAACCGGAGCUAACUUCCAUUUCAGGAGUCAGGACGGGAUGCUUAGAUUCAGUUCACCUCUGAUGACAUCAAAACCAACUGCUUUGCCAGAUUCUUCAAACUUGUGUUCCCUGCUUUCUAAAAGCCCUGGACAGAGAGAGAUGCUUUGAAUUUGCAAUGGGAAAUUGUAAUCAGAAACAAAAAUUUUGUAUUUUUGUAUAACUUGAUUGUGCAGCAUUUUUAUAUACAGGUCCUGUUUUACAAAUAAAUUUGGUUUCUUAA